AUGGCCUCGGCCAUAGUCUUCGAUGACGUCAUCGUGAUCCUCUCCGUGGUGGACAUCCUCAAUGACUUGGCCUCGGGCACAGGCAUGUGCACGCCGCGCGCGAUGUGCUCGGCCGCUCUGUCACAAGCCCAGAAGUUCGCCGGCUUCCAGACAUGCAGAAAGAUCGACCAUGCAGAAGUCUCAUCUGUCCUAGUCCUCAUUAUGCACUUACCACAGCCCGUCUGCAGAACUAGUGUGCGCUUCUGCAGUGCAUCGAUGGAUGAAGAUUUGCGGAGCCCAUCAACCAACGGGCGUUUGGUGCGCUGCCUGGGUUGCACUGAGGCUUUCUCAGCAGGCCUUGUGGGCCGCAACCGCGUGAGGGAUGGAGUCCUGCUGCGGACGGUCCUUGCUGCAAAAGCCACGCUGGCGCCCUGGCUCCUGUACGACCUCGUGCGGGCACGCCGCGCCCGGAACUCCUGGCAGGAGGUCUUCUUUCAACUCUACUCCAUUGGCUCGGUUCCGGCAUCUCCGGCUUUUUGUGUGGGGCCGGAGACCUCGCGGUCCCUUCGCCUCGUCUGCAUCAGCGACACGCACCUCUGUCACAAGCAGCUGCCACCUCUGCCCGAUGGGGACGUGCUGAUCCACUGUGGAGACUUCACGAACCACGGCAGUCUCGAUGAAGUGUUGGACUUUGUGGAGUGGUUUGCUGGGCAGCCGCACAGUCGGAAGCUUUGUGUCCCGGGGAACCACGACAUGUUGUUGGACGAAGACUACUACCAAGCCUACUGGAGCGACUGGUCUCGUGUCAAGGAGUCGCCAAGGGAGGCGAAAGCGGCUUUUGCGUCUCGGAACAUCGAGCUUUUGAUCGACCAAGGGACCAGCAUUGAAGGUGUCACCUUCUAUGGUUCUCCCUGGGUGGCACAGGGUCAUGAUUGGAAAACGGCUUUCAACAAGCAGGACUCGGAGCUGGAAAAUUGCUGGGCACGCAUUCCAGAAAACUCGGAUGUGCUGCUGACGCACAUGCCCCCCUACGGGAAGGGAGAUCGAUUAGAAGGCGGUGAGCACGUGGGCUGCAGCUUCUUGGCGGAAGCGGUGAAAGCCAAGCGGCCGAAGCUCCACGUCUUCGGUCACGUGCACACGGACACGGGCAUCUUCCCUGCAGACACCAGCGCAGAGCCCAGCGCGGCCAUGGCGGCUUGGCUCGCAGAGAGAGCCGAGCAGAGCCAGUUGGAGCUCUUUUUGUCGGGGCCCAAGGGCACCGUCUCUGUGAAUGCCGCUUCCGUGAGCGACACGCAGCUCGGAAUGCAAUGA